CGGCAUUCGGCUAACAUCCGCUCUGGCCCCUGCCCUUUCCUGUUAGCUAACAGAGCUUUCAUCUUAUACCAUAUUUAGCAGCUUAACGUUAUCUCUUUGAUAUAUUUACGCAGUCUAUCGUACUUUUUUUUUUAGACCAAACACAAAUAUGGCAGAGGCCAUUCAAAAGAAAUUGAAAGCGGAAGUAGAAAAAUAUACACAGAUGCAGAAAGAUGUUAGCAAGAACAUGUCAGCCAGACAGAAGCUGGAGACGCAGCUGACAGAGAACAACAUUGUCAAAGAGGAGCUUGAUCUGCUGGGCAGCACGAACACUGUGUAUAAGCUUAUCGGCCCAGUAUUAGUGAAGCAAGACCUGGAUGAGGCCAAAGCCACAGUCACAAAAAGGCUGGAGUACAUCAACGGAGAGAUUCAAAGGUACGAAACGGUCCUGAAAGACAUGGAGAAGAAAUCUGAACAGCAUCGAGAAGUCUUGUCCAGUUUACAGCAGGAGUUUCAGAGAGCUCAGGGCCUGGCUGUCGGCAAAGUCUGACCAAGGGAUCCAGCUUCAUGCUCUCUCUCUCUCUCUCUCUCUCUCCCACACACACACACACACACACACACACACACACACACACACACACACACACACACACACACACACACACACACACACACACACACACACAGAUACAGAUACAGAUAAAGGGUUAGUCAUGACAUGAUGUAAACCUUCAACAUAAGGCUGAGUAAAUUCUGCUUGUAUCUUGUCAUUCAUUUGUUAUUACAGUGACUCUUCCCCUGUUACUAAUAAACCUGUUUUUCAUGAAAGGUCAAA